UGCACGAGGUAGGCAGGUGUACGCCGCCGUCUGUCAUGUAGCCUUCCCUCCGAAGUUUCUGUCGCAUGUCUUCUGCCGCAUCCUCGCGUUGAGGUCAUCAAUGAAGCCGAUAGCCACUGCUGCUGCUGUUGUUGUUCUUCUCUAUCUGAGUGACCACGCGUGAGUGCGGGGCAAGCGAGUAGGUUGAACGUUAGUUAGUCGCUUGUCACGAAUUACACGCGGGUCCAGCCACUGGACCAGCGAGUCAAGAUCUCCGCGAGUUAUGAAAGCAAUUGUGCCUUUCGUUCUCCAGGUGAUUGCUUUGCAGCUGACGAGAUGCCAGUGCGGCGGCGGUGGUGGUGGCGGACCGAGCACGUUCGGAUACGACGCUUCCUCGGCCUGCAGCAAGCCGUACUCGCGCACGAAACGCUCACAUCAUGAAGAUUUACCCUGUGACUUUCGCCGACAGAAUUGGUGCACGAUCGCUGGUAGCUCUUAUCCUUGGCACGCGGUACGUCAAUUUGUACAACAGAAUCAGGGGUUGAUGAGACGCAUGUAUGGCGAUGAGAAUUACAUCAAUAUCCUCCGAGCGGAAUUCGAAAAGAACGAUAUUGAGCUAAAAUAUGACGAGUAUAAUCAUCAUUUCACCGAUGAUCUGAGACAAUUCGAAUAUGACAAUGAUUACGAAUUCAUUGACGACGAUCGGCCAAAGGCUAAUGAAGGCGAGUAUGAAGGUCGCUCUCUCAACGAUCCCAUCGUCAAGCAAAUGACUAAGUUCUCGAAGCUCAGCGAGUACACCAGGCCACAUUUCAGGCCUACCGAACGGACCACCAGUUCGACCAUCCCGAACACGAUUACUACCUCUACAACUUUGUCUUCGACGUCAACUAGCGCUGCAACCUUUGUUACGCAUGCAUCAAUAACGCCCUCGUUUACUGCCGCCACCGUUACGAGCACGGAGGACAUCAAGACUGAAACUUCAAUAGUGUCAACUUCUCCAAAAUUUUCAAACAUCACUACCAAGGUUACUGAUAGUAAUCUUGUAGUAAAUAGCACGACGACGACAGCAUCGCCGAGCAUUACAGUGGUUCAGAUUGUCAAAGAACAAAAUUUUAGCAUCAAUGAGAUUCUAGGGCAGAACGACAGGACCAAUGAAGAUCUGGAAGCACCAGAAAUAGAAGCUUAUUUAGAGAAAAUGAUAACCGAAGAGAACACAACACACACCAUGCAACCAAUCGAAACGACAACGGGUGUCCCCAUGGAAUUGCUGGUCAAAGAGGAGGAGAACGAGGAGGACAAGGAAGAAACGCUUAACGAUGCUACAAAGACAACAAUACAUGAAGAGUUAAUAACCGCAGCAAGUUAUGAGCAACAGCAACUAUUCAGACCACGUCCUGAAUAUCGGCCAUCGGGCGUGGUCGAAGCAUCGACAAAUACUGGGGGACAGCUUUAUCAAGAUGUUGCAGAGAAAGAUCAGAAGGAGCAGCCAGUGCUAAAGUUUAUAGGAACGAACGCCUGUCCCGUUAAGGAAGAGGUAGUAGCACCGUACUGGGCCAAUAAUACUCGUGGUGAAAUCUUGGCCCUCCUCAAUCUGUAUCCCUUUGAGCAGUAUGUCCAUUGGGAGAAAUGCACAUACGAGAACAAGCAAAUGCACUGCCGGGAUGGAUGCAGAUGCGAGCAGCAGUAUCGGCUGCAUCGAUUGUUGGCUUACGAUCCCAACAACGAGUGCCGUGGUAUUUUUAGCGACUGGUUUAAGUUUCCAAGCUGUUGUAUCUGCCGCUGUUACGAUCUACCAUUUGAAUUUCGGGUGGCGUCGCGUUCACCACGCAGGUAUAAACGACGAAUCAAGGUGCAAUUACCAAAGCGGAACCGUUACCCGUGAUCUAAUUGUUUUCUGACUGGCCAGUCGCCAAAUAAUGCAGCGUGUAUGUUGAAGGCGACCUGCUAGAUAAGAUCAUUAUAUGAAAUUUUAACGAG